GGGACCCCCUCCCUCAAGUCAACAGCAGGCACCUAUGCAGCCACCACAACAGCAGCAACAGCAACAGCCCAUGGCAACUUCUCAGCAGCAGCAACAACCACAGCCUCCUCCACAGCAGCAGGUCCCUCAACCACAGGCACCACAACAGCAGCAGCAACAACAGCAGCAACAACAGUCCAUGGUUAAUCAGAAUCAAACUGUGCCAUCAACCCAAGCUGUUCGGCCAAAGGAUCAACUGAUGUAUUUGGCACAGAUUUUAAGCUUGCAAGUGCAGUUUACUGAUUUUCCAAAGGGGAACAAGAGUGAAUAUCUGAGUCUGGUCUCACUUUCCACCAGCCCCCCUCAUGUAUCUCAUGGUGCAGGCCCUACUAUUGAUGAUUCACAUGAUCAGGCUUGCUUGACAGCUCUGCGAGCACUAGCGAAGAUGGGCCUGGACACAGUCACAGCAGCCAAGCAAGAAUAAAAAUCCAGCAAGUGAUCAGCAGGAGGAUAAUAUCAACCCUACUUGUACUGCUGAAGAUGCAGCUGAUGUUGGCAUUAUUUGUCAAUUGGUCUCAUUUUUCCUCUGUACUUGGGUAGAUGCACCAAAUUGAUUAAUGUCCACAUGUGAAGAUUGUAAUAACUAUUCUUGAAACAAAUGCCACUAGACAUUGAGGAACAAGGGAGUCACAGUUUGCAAGAAUUCUUAAGACCUCCUCAUAUGUGCACAUUUAUGUCACAUAGCAGCUGUGUAAAAGCAGCAACAUAUUUGCUAUAAAGCUAGAAGUCCUGCAAUGGGUACUAGGAUUUCAGCCUUACUGUCAUGCUGGUUGAUGUAAUCUUCCUCUGCACUUUCAUGUAACC